AUGACAGGCCCAAAGAUCAGCGAGCGGGGAAUCCGCAUCGCCAUUGAUCGCGGUGGCACCUUCACCGACUGCGUGGGUAACCCCGGCACAGGCAAGAUGGAAGACGACAUUGUGAUCAAACUUCUAUCCGUCGACCCGUCCAACUACGAGGAUGCGCCGCUUGAGGGAAUCCGUCGCCUUCUCUCCAAGUUCACAGGCACCGAAAUUCCCCGCGGACAGGCGCUCGACACAUCCAAGAUCGCAAGCAUACGCAUGGGCACUACGGUCGCUACCAAUGCGCUCCUCGAAAGGAAAGGCGAGGACAUUGCCAUGGUGGUGACCAAGGGCUUCAAGGACUGUCUCGAAAUUGGGAACCAGAGCAGGCCGGACAUCUUCGCCCUGGAUAUCCGAAAGCCCGAGGUGCUGUACAAGAGGGUGGUGGAGAUAGACGAGCGCGUCACACUGGAAGACUAUGCAGAAGACCCAGAGAGGACGCAGACGCAAGCAAAGAGCAUAGAAGAGGCAGGCGAUGACGCUGAAUUGGUCAAGGGUCUGUCUGGUGAGACAGUGCGCAUACUACAAAGGCCGCAGGACGAGGCGAUAAGAAAGCAGCUCCAGCAAGUGUAUGAUAGCGGACUCAAGAGUAUUGCCGUAUGUUUGAUGCACGGAUAUACGUAUCCAAAUCAUGAGGCAUUGGUCGGCAAGAUUGCGAGAGAGAUUGGUUUUGAACAUGUCAGCUUGAGCCAUGAGCUUAUGCCAAUGAUCAAGCUGGUCCCGCGCGCAACCUCGGCUUGUGCUGAUGCAUAUCUCACACCUGCGAUACGAAAGUACAUUGAUGGCUUCUCCAAGGGCUUCGAGGGCGGCCUCGGUACCAAGAGCGUGAAGCAAGAGGAGGGCUCAAAGGGCGCGCGAUGUGAAUUUAUGCAGUCAGAUGGUGGUCUAGUCGACGUCGACAUCUUCUCUGGCCUCAAAGCGAUCCUAUCGGGGCCAGCCGGAGGUGUCGUUGGCUACGCGCUGACCUCCUACGAUCCUGCCACGAAAAUUCCCGUCAUUGGUUUCGACAUGGGCGGCACGAGCACAGACGUGAGCAGGUACGGGGCUGGGCGUUACGAUCACGUAUUUGAAACUACCACCGCCGGCGUCACUAUCCAGUCGCCUCAGCUCGACAUCAACACGGUCGCAGCAGGGGGCGGGUCGCGUCUCUUCUGGAAGAACGGACUUUUCGUCGUAGGCCCAGAGUCAGCCAGUGCACAUCCGGGUCCUGCAUGUUAUCGCAAGGGUGGACCAUUGACCAUUACUGAUGCAAACCUCUUUCUCGGCCGCCUGCUGCCCGACUUCUUCCCCAAAAUCUUUGGGAAAAAUGAAGACGAGGGCCUCGAUGCCGAGGCAAGCGAGAAGCUCUUCAAAAAACUAGCAGUACAGAUUAACAAGGAAAUCGCGGGCGGCAACAAGGACAAGGAGAUGUCGCUAGACGACAUUGCUAACGGCUUCAUCAAAAUUGCCAACGAAACUAUGACACGGCCGAUCCGUAGUCUGACCGAAGCGCGCGGUCAUGAUACAUCAAAACACCGACUCGCAACAUUUGGCGGCGCCGGUGGGCAGCAUGCUGUGGCCAUUGCAGAAGCACUUGGCAUCUCUCAAAUCCUCAUUCAUCGGUACUCAUCAGUACUUUCAGCUUAUGGCAUGGCGCUGGCUGACGUUGUGGAUGAGAGACAGGAGCCGGAGUCGAAGGUCUGGUCGGACGACAAGCAAGUCAGAGAAUAUUUGCAAAACAAGAUGGCAGACCUCAAGAGCAAAUCCGCAGCUACACUGCAGAAACAAGGUUUUGAUCAAGAGCACGUUCACUUCGAAGAGUACCUCAAUUUGAGAUAUCGCGGCACCGAGUCGGCGCUCAUGGUUAUCAAGCCGACCAAGGAGGAGGCCGAGCAGGAAUACGAUGGCGAUGAGUGGGCUUUUGGAAAGGCUUUUGUCAAGCAACACGAGCAAGAGUUUGGCUUUACCCUUCCGGAUCGCGACAUCAUUGUCGAUGAUGUGAGAGCACGUGGUAUCGGCAAAACAUUCGAGGGUCUAGAGAAGAGCGUAGAUCAACAAUUGAAGGAGAUCCGGCCAAGAGACAUUUCUGGGGAUGAGAAGCGCUAUGAUACACGCAACGUAUUCUUUGAGGGUGGACGGCAGAAUACCUCGGUCUACAAGCUAGAAAACCUAGAAGUUGGCGACCGCCUGAAGGGCCCGGCAAUCAUUGCGGACGGUACGCAGACUAUCGUCGUCACACCGGGCGCGACUGCGCUUGUCAUCAACACACAUGUAGUUAUCAAAAUUGGCGAUACCGAGGAUCAGGUCAAGCAAAUCAGCACAAAAGAGGUGGACCCGAUCUUGCUAAGUAUCUUCGCACAUCGAUUCAUGGCUAUCGCAGAACAAAUGGGUCGCGCAUUACAGAAGACCAGCGUCUCCACAAACGUCAAAGAGCGCUUGGACUACUCCUGUGCAUUAUUUGACGAAGAUGGUGGGUUGGUCGCCAAUGCUCCCCAUCUGCCCGUCCAUCUCGGCAGCAUGUCGACGUGCGUCCGUAAACAGGCUGCCAUCUGGAAGGGCAAGCUCAAGAAAGGCGACGUGCUAGUGUCCAACCACCCCAUGUUCGGUGGCACCCACUUGCCUGACAUCACUGUAAUCACGCCUGCCUUUAGUGGAGACAACAUCAUCUUCUAUGUUGCAUCUCGCGCUCAUCACGCAGAUAUUGGUGGAAUUUUGCCUGGAUCCAUGCCUCCAGCUUCCAAAGAGCUAUAUCAGGAAGGCGCAGCUAUCAAAUCCGAGAAGCUGGUAUCAGAAGGUCACUUCAAUGAGAAGCGCAUCACCGAGCUUCUGCUCGAUGAGCCAGGCCAAUACCCAGGUUGUUCUGGUACCCGAUGUCUGAGCGACAACAUCAAUGAUCUCAAGGCGCAAGUAGCAGCCAACCAAAAGGGCAUCAAUUUGAUCAGUACCCUUAUGUCCGACUAUGGCGAGCAAGUUGUCAAGUUUUACAUGACUAACAUUCAAGCAAAUGCCGAACAGUCUGUCCGUGCAUUGCUGAAGGAUGUCUACAAACGUUUUGAGGGCCAGGAUCUGAGCGCAGAAGAGUUCAUGGAUGAUGGAAGUCCCAUUCGCCUCAAAGUCUCCAUUGAUCCCGAAAAAGGCGAGGCAGUCUUUGACUUUUCUGGCACAGGUCCGGAGGUCUAUGGUAACAUCAAUGCUCCUGAAGCAGUCACUUACUCGGCAAUCAUCUACUGUCUAAGAUGUUUGAUCAGCGAAGAUAUACCUUUGAAUCAGGGCUGCCUGAAACCAAUACACGUCCUGAUCCCAAAGAGAUCUUUCCUCUCGCCUUCCGAUAACGCUGCAGUGGUGGGCGGUAACGUUCUUACUAGUCAGCGUGUUACGGAUGUAGUGUUGAAAGCUUUCCGUGCAUGUGCAGCUAGUCAAGGAGAUACCAAUAACCUUACUUUUGGAUUCGGUGGCACGACAUUUGGUGAAGGAGAAGGCAGGACUGGGGAGAGGAAGGAAACUCGUGGAUUCGGAUACUACGAGACUAUCGCUGGUGGCUCCGGUGCAGGACCCACGUGGAAUGGCACGAAUGGUGUACACACGCACAUGACCAACACUCGUAUAACCGAUUCCGAGGUCUUUGAGCGAAGGUAUCCUGUUCUCUUGCGCGAAUUCUCUCUAAGAGAGGGCAGCAGGGGAAGAGGCAUGCAUGUGGGUGGUGAAGGUGUGAUUAGAGACAUCGAGUUCCGCAUUCCUGUCCAAGUAAGCAUCCUGAGCGAGAGAAGAGUCUACCAUCCAUAUGGUAUGGAAGGUGGCGGCGAUGCAGCAUGUGGUCUCAACAUCUGGGUCCGUAAAGUCGACAAGAAGGCCAUUGACAAGAACUCAGACUCCAAGCGGCCGACUGAACCGCAGGAAUCAACAGAUGCACAGCCUACUACUUCCGAUGCCGUCGAAGCUUUGCAGAAGAAAGAUGCCGGGCAGAAGCAACAAGACGUCGAAUACAGAUAUAUCAACCUCGGCGCCAAGAACACAGCGAGUAUGAAGCCUGGCGAGCGCAUCAUCAUUCAUACUCCUGGUGGUGGUGGCUGGGGCAAGGAAGGAGAGGAAAGUAGAGUGCAGGCGAAGAGCGAUCCGAAGCAGGGUUGGAAGGGAGGCAGCAUCGCGGGCCGCCAAAAUACCGCCGAGGCUAGUGCUUAG